AUGCAACGAGACUAUCUUUGGCAGCAGCUUCCCCCGGCCCCCACCUCCAUUUCUGAGCGCUUGUCCUUUCCUCACAUGGAUCCCAAUCAUUUCCCUUCGAGGCUUCAUGAAAUGCUUUGCGACAUCGACAUGAAUGGCAGAGGGGAAGAGAGAAUCGUUUCAUGGCAGCCUCAUGGUCCUGAUCAAGGAGCUUAUUACCAUCCUGACUUUGCCCGUGACACGCCAGAGAAGGUUACCACUAUCCACCAUACCAACAUCCGAGGAAAGAGGGGCCGCAAGCCCAAGUCCAAGCUCACGGAACCUGACUUUUAUGCAGCCGAAGCCAAGAUUGCAAGCCCUGAAUUGUCGAGUCAGGAAGCGGGCAAACAAUCCAGUGCCCCUGCCCCAAUGGGUUCCUUGUGGUUCGAACAGGUUACUCCCAAGGCCAGCAGCAAGGUGGCUACACUUGCCAACGUUGAAGCUCAGGAGCGGCCUCGAUCUCCCCUUGACGGCAAACUGAGAACAGGCGCCUCCCUGUUCUCAGGAGAGGCCAACAGCAUUCCCAGUCUGCGACCAUCCGGUCAGCCUCUCUUCUCUGGUGGACUGCACCAUGACAGUUUGGCGGCGGCCACUGGCGCCUCCAUUCAGUCCCAAUUGUCAGGGGGCAUCCUUCAGCAGCAGCAGCCACUUCAACCUCUUCCAGCUCCCUCGUUGAGACGUGGACUCUCGGGCACUGGUGCUACAGACGACGUUCACGGUCCUCCUGCUCCUCCUCCUGCCCUGGCAAGGCAAUCCAGUGAUUUCUCCAUUGGAGCAUUUAGCCUUUUUGGAGGCCUUGCUGAAUCGUCUCCCGAAGAACCUACUUUGGAGAGACGAGACAGUUCGGGCCUUGGCGGUUCUUCAAGACCCUUUGCGUCGCCUCAGCCAUCCUCCUUGGCAGCGACUUUGCCAGUGCAGCUUCCCUACUCCGAGCACCGAGAACGGUUAAACGAUCUCCUCCAAAGGAACCAGCAGCAGCAGAGGAGCCUUCAAAUGCAGCAACAGCAAUUGGAACAGCAACGGUUGGAGCUUCAACUCAGGGAGCAGCAGCAGCUGGACGUUGCUGGAAGCAGCUCGGGCUCACGUUCCCUUCCUUUGGAGGAGAUCGUUUAACCGUUCUCGGUGCUCGGAGUAGGGAAGCUGCACUGGCAAAGUCGCUGCCAAGGAGGAUGGCUGAGGCGACGCAAAGGGUCUUGAAGAACCGCCAAGGCCCGAACUGUCUCGUCUCUCCAAAGUAGGUUCUUCGGGAGACGAUUCAGCAAGCCCUCCAAAAAGGCUAAAUGCUCCAAUGGAGAAAUCACU